AUGGCUGGUGGACAGUAGAAGAUUCAGUUUCAGUGAAAAAAUGCCCAAAAGCAGGCUGGACAAAAGAAGAAACAAGGACAUAACCAAAAGGCUGCUGCCAAAGCUGCCUUAACGUAUACCUGCCCUGUCUGUAGGACACAAAUGCCAGACCCUAAGACCUUCAAGCAGCACUUUGAGAGCAAGCACCCUAAGACUCCACUUCCUCCAGAAUUGGCUGAUGUUCAGGCAUAAAGUUGUUUAUAGGUGAAUUCAUGACACCUUCGAGUCUUCUAUUGUCUCAGACCUUAUGUAACAAACCUACAGCUGCUUUUCUAACAAACUGUUGAUCAGCAAAACUCAAGGGGCUACAGAAACACUCAUUUUUAUGCUGUUCCCUUUUGGGAUUCAUGCAAAGACAAUUCUGUGUAAAUGUACAGUUGACUCUGAUUUGGAAAUCUGAAAA